AUGCAUGCAGAGCUGCUUGCAGCGGCGGCGGAGGCGGAGGGCCGGCGGCUACGGAAGGAGGAGCAGCAGGAGGGGCGCGGCGGCAGUGGCGGCGCCGUCGGCGGCGGCGGUGCGGCCGGCGGCGGCGCACAGGCGACCGCGCCGGAAAUCGAGCCUGCGGGCGCAGCAGAGGGCGCAGCGGUGCAGCAGCAGGCGGAGGGCCCGUCGGCGGGCGCCGCGGAGGAGGGCGGGCCCGAGUGGCUGGCGCUGUGGCGCGCGGCGGCGGACCGCAGCCUGGGUGAGGUGUGCAGCGGGCAGGUCAUGCUGCUGCUGCAGGACGCGCGCAGCAUCUCAGCGCUGGCCAGGUUUGGCCGGCCGCUCGACGACGGCAUAUCCUGGCCGAGCGACGGCGCGGAGGCCGCCUCAAUGCUGCGGCGGCAGGCUUCCGGCAUGGUGCGGGACCUCGGCCGCGUCCGCGAGUCGUACGCCUCCCGCCUGCGCGGCGCGGCAGGAUCAUUGCCAGAAGCCGGGGAGCUGGCGGCGGAGGUCGAGCGAGAGGGGGUCAACGCGGCGGCGCGCGUGCGCGACGCGCUGCGGGAGAUGCUGUUCGUGGUGCUGCUGGCCUCGCUGCACAGGGAGGGGCGGCUGGCGGCGCAGCAGCGAGGCGACAGCGGCGGCGAGGGGGGCCGGGAGGGGCCGGAGGAGCAGCCACAAAAUCACCAAGAGGCGCAGCAGCCGGGUGCCCAGGUGUCACCAAGCCCAGAUGGGUCAUCUGCGGGCGGCGGACACCUGGCUGGGGCCAACCCAGAACAGCAGCGGGUUGCGCAGCCUGAGCAGGGGCCCGAAUCCAGCAGUGACCGCAAACAGUUGCAAGCCAUGUAA